CCCGGGCAGGGGCUUCUCCAAGCUUUGCUUCCAGCAGGGGUGGAAAUCCAGCACGGACGAGGCGGGAACACGCCGUCUUUCUGUUCCCCUCUGCGUGAAGCCUACAGAGGUGGCGGAGCUGCUCACGCGGUUCAACUGCCCAGAGGAUGUUACAACAGCAAAUGGGAGGAGAGAUGUCCACGUGGAAGUCUGAGAGUCCUGUUGCUGUUCUCGUUCCACCAAAACCUUGUUCUGGCCAGUUCUGACAUCCUCAGCAUGUCCCAGGGCAAGCUGCGAGAAAGGAAUUUACUCUACUCUGCUGGGAAGGCUUUGAGAAACUCAUCUUUCGUCGCGAACCUGAAACGAAUUUCUCUUUCUGAUACUGCUUAACCUGUGGAGUACGGACUUGUCUUCCUGAUGCAUGGCCCCUGCUGGCUGGGUGCUGUGCUCUUCCUUGGGGUACAGCUCCAAGCACUCUGGCUUGCGGCAGCCAUGGAAGUUCACACUUCCAAGGAGGUGGAUGCUGUGAACGGCACUAACCUGCGGUUAAAAUGCACCUUUUCCAGCAGCAGCCCUGUUAGCCAGCACCUGUCAGUGACCUGGAACUUCCAGCCUGAGGACCAGAGCUCUCAUGAGCCGGUAUUUUAUUACUUCAAGGAGCCCUACAAGCUGCCCACUGGACGGUUUAAAGAGCGAGUCACCUGGGAUGGGAAUAUUGAGCGUAACGAUGUUUCCAUCGUUAUCUGGAAUUUGCAGCCCACUGACAACGGGACAUUCACCUGCCAGGUGAAGAACCCACCAGAUGUUGGUGGCACAAUCGGUGAAGUGCGACUCAGAGUUGUGCAGAAAGUGCAUUUCUCAGAAAUACAUUUCCUGGCGGUGGCUAUUGGGUCUGCUUGUGUUUUGAUGAUCAUUGUGGUGAUAGUUGUGAUUAUCUGUCGACACCAUCGGAAGAACGUGCAAGAGAAGAGGAUCGAGGUGGCAGACACUGAACUAGAAAAGGAGAAUCUGAAGAUUAGAGAAGAAAAGGAGCAUAGUCCAUUAGAAGACUAGAGGUCUUUGAUGGCAUAUACAGUGCAGGUACUUCUAAAGCAGACGGUGAAAGCUUGUAAUUUUGGAUGUUAGAACAAAGCUGAAUUAGAGACGUCUCAUGCUGCGAGUGUGGUAUCCCUGCUCAACCUGAAAUUCUGGCAAGGAAAGAGGAUGACAUUAAUGACAUUAACAUAAGUCAUAAAUUUCCUUCAUUGAAACAAACCAGGAGGAACUUGGCCCAUGAAUGAGGAACUUACCUUUGUCUUUGCAGCUGUAGAGUGUGAAGAAGGCUGCUCUGGAGAUGAAAAAAUGCCAAAAGAUUCAAACAAAAUGCCAAGAUAGCUGACUGAACAGAGAUUUUCAAAGUGUCUGAGCCAGACGGGCUCUUGCACCUUAAAAAUUGCAAGGUGUGUUUGUGUUGCCCUGUUUUUCCUCCCUCAAAAUCCUCUUUGAUGACACUAAAAGGAAGACUGACUAUGGGAGGCAUCAGAGGAGCAGCCAGUUGCUACUACAUACUUUAAAUCUCUUUGCUACUUUAAAUGGGAAGUAUUACAGUUUGGGAAUGGAUGCUGUUACUUACUAGGGAUAAUGUUUACCAGUGGGUUUCUUUAUGAUAUCGAUCUCUGGCAGCUUCAGUAGGCUUUGUAACUGCGGUAGCUGAGGACACCACUUUCUGCUGUGCUUUGGCAGCUCCUUUUCCCACUCCUGCUCUGCUGGUAUAUCCCGAUGCUGACCUUUCCCCUCGGCUCUCCAGCUGACAGGAGGUUUAGAUUAAAUAUUAGGAAGACAUUCUUUGCUGUGAGGGCGGUGAGCCCCUGGCCCAGGUUGCCCAGAGCAGCUGUGGCUGCCCCAUCCCUGGAGGGGUUCAAGGCCAGGCUGGACGGGGCUUGGAGCAACCUGGGCUGGUGGAAGGUGUCCCUGCCCAGGGCAGGGGGUGGCACUGGGUGGGCUUUAAAGUCUCUUCCAACCCAAACCAGUCUAUGUAUGAUUCUAUUGUAUGAUUCUGUGAAAACAUCAGCCUGUUUGUUUAAAGAGUACCUUUAUGACUUUAUGCCUCAGCCUGUAAUGUGCUGGCCACAUUAGCUGUUUGUACGUUUUCGUUUUCUACCAUGAGUACCAUAAAUAAACGCAC